CUCAAGUGUACAGCGCAAUAGCAAAUAAUCUGUUUCUCAGUAUUACAUGAAGUAUAUCAUAGGGUGGGAGUCUGGAAGAGCACUACGUCAUUUAUGACAUAUAUUGAGUGGAAGCCAGUAUGGCUGAACAAAAUUCUCAAUCCUGUGAAAAGAACUCUGAUUAUGAAAGCUUAGAUAACGAUGAAACGGAUAAGGAUGAUGCAAAAGUGAACCAAGACGACCAAUGGCAAGCAUUUAGGCCAACAAUUCGCGAAAGAACAGAAUACAUGUUUAGAAACAGUCUUAUGAGUGAUACACAAUUUUCAAUCCGAGAUGCGACCUCAGAUACAGAAACAGAAACGAAAGUUAUACCUGCACAUAAAUUCGUGUUGGCAGUCGGUAGUCCAGUAUUUUACGCUAUGUUUUAUGGAAAACUAGCUGAAAGUCAGGAAACCAUCGAAAUAGUCGACAGCGACUAUCAAAGUUUUAUCGAGUUUUUACGAUUUUUGUACUGCGAUGAAACAAAUCUGACAAUUGAUAUGGUCAUGGCUGUUACGUACUUGUCAAAGAAAUACAUAGUUCCAGCCUUGGAAAAGAGAUGUCGAUCUUUCGUGGAAAAAGCCGUUAGUGGCAGUAACGUUUUUCAAUUGCUAAGUCACGCCAGGAAAUACAAGGAUGAUUUUGUUGAAAAAAUUUGUUGGGAUUAUUUAGAUAGUGACACUGUGGAAGCCAUUAAUUCGGAAGGAUUUCUUAGCAUUAAAGAGGAUUUGCUGUGCGAACUGUUAAUACGAGAUACAUUACAUGCCAAAGAGAUAGAAUUAUUUCUGGCUGUUGUGAGAUGGAUUGAUAUGAAUGCCUUGGUUGUCAACAAUGAAGAACAGAUGGAUGAGAAGAAAUCAGAAAAGGUUGUGAACCUUGUUCGUUACCCGUUGAUGUCACAACAUGAGUUUGCCGAACAUGUUGUGAAGUCCAAGUUACUUCGUCAUGAAGAUGUUAUCAAUAUGUUUUUGAAGUUUAACGAUACCCUUGAAGACGACAAUAUCUUGCCAUUUUCGCAAGUUCCUCGUCGAGGUUACUACCGCUGUUCAUUAUGGGAACAUGUCUAUGAUACUCUGGACAUUGAAGCUUGGGAUAUAGAAGCAAGUCGUAUGCCCAAUACAUUGACUUUCUCAUCAAAUUCUAAUAUACUGUUGUGUGGUGUUGGUUUGUAUGGCAGUGAUAAUAAAAAUGAAUCUUACAGUUUUCAAGUUCACGUCUCUGAUGAAGAUGAAACAGUUUUGCUUCAAAGCGAAGGGUCGUUCAGUUGUCAUAAUCAAUGCUUUGCAUAUGAUGUGAUAUUUAAUAAGCCAGUGAAAGUACAUAAAAAUAUCUGGUACACCAUCCAUGCCACUGUGGAUGGUCCUAGGGGAGUGUAUGGUGGACAAUCUGUUGCCACAGCAACAGGCCUUCAGUUAGACGAGAUUAGUUGUGGGUCUGUGCGCUUCUUGUUUAAAGACAACACUACAAGAUUACAAAAUAUGUAUAAUCAUUUUGCUGGAUUACUUUAUUUCUUGCGAUAGAACAACAAAGUUGUUUGCUUAUGUUAGUAUAAAAUACUGGUUGCUGUGAAUCUUAAAAGAACAUUUUCAACUAGUUGUGUUAUAGACCAAAUGGAAUACAUUGUUUAAAUAAAUGUUGACUAAAAAGUGAA